CUUACUAGCCAGUUUUAGAAAUUUAAAACAGUUCAUCUCUAUAAAAUCGUGUUAUAAACUUUUAAUUCUAUUGAUAGAUAUAAAAAUUUAUAAAAUUCAAAUUAUUUGAAGUUUGGCCUGUUAGUGUGAAAUAUCGUGAAGUGAUCCUUACAAGCCAGUUCUAAAAAUUCAAAACAGUUAAUUUCUAUAAUAUCGUGUUAUCAAGUUUCAAUUCUAUUGAUGGAAAUAAACUUUAGCAAAUUCAAAUUAGAAGUUUGACCUGUUAGUGUGAAAUGUCGUGAAGUGAUCCUCAAGUCAGUUCAGGGAGUGAUUAGUGAAUCAAGUUUGUGUCACGUGACUAGUGGUGCUCAAAAAAAUGGAGCAACAGGUGAAUGGCGCCAUGGUGCAUACGACUAUUGCCACGCAUAAGCCGCCUGCAUACAAUUAUGCGGAUGCAUUUUGGUGUACAUAUUUGGUGUCCGUUGUUGCGGCCAGCAUAGCAGAAAUUAUCACCUAUCCUUUGGACUUAACUAAGACGAGGUUGCAGAUCCAGGGAGAGGCAGCGGCUCAAAGCAAUGGCAAAACAACAUCACACUUGCCAUACCGGGGUAUGCUGGGCACAGCGGUGGGGAUAGCCCGCGAGGAGGGGGCCCGUAAGCUGUGGCGAGGUGUGACUCCGGCCAUCUACCGACAUCUCAUCUACUCGGGCAUUCGCAUUGUCUUCUACGAGAACAUGCGAGACAAACUCCUCAAGAAGGAGCGGGACGGCACGUUUCCCAUUUGGAAAUCAGCGAUUGGAGGCGUGACAUCGGGAGCAGUGGCUCAGUUCAUAGCCAGUCCAGCCGAUCUAGUCAAAGUGCAAAUGCAAAUGGAGGGACGCAGGCGGUUGCUUGGAAAACCACCCAGAGUGCACAGCCCGAAACACGCGUUCAAGAAGAUAAUGUCGGAGGGCGGGGUGCGGGGCCUGUGGAAGGGGUCCAUCCCCAACGUGCAGCGAGCGGCACUCGUCAACCUGGGGGACCUCACCACCUAUGACACCGCCAAGCAGCUCAUUCUCACCAACACCACGUUGCCAGAUAGUCAUCUCACACAUGUGCUAGCCAGUGGAUGUGCAGGACUAGUAGCAGCUACGAUGGGCACUCCUGCCGAUGUGGUCAAGACUCGAGUCAUGAAUCAACCCACCGAUCUGGAAGGAAGAGGCAUCCUGUACAAGUCGUCAGUGGACUGCCUGAUGAAGACGGUCGAGAACGAGGGCUUCUUCGCGCUGUACAAGGGCUUCCUGCCCGUCUGGAUCCGGAUGGCCCCGUGGUCGCUCACCUUCUGGCUGUCCUUCGAGCAGAUCAGGCACACGCUCGGUGCUACCGGGUUCUGAGCUCAGCACUCUAUCUGUCUACUAGAACACUCUAAGCAAGUAUCUAUGAC